GAAAACAUUGUGAACGCGCCCAAAUUCCCAAACCCACUACCCCAUCCCUAUUUCUCCAUUUUUCUUUUCCUCUCCUACCACCUUAGUUGGGUUUCAAGUCAGCCAUUGCUAGCCUCAUUGCUUCUCCCGUUUUGGUCGCGACAAGAGAUACACUUGAAGAAAAUUCUUCUUUCCAAUUCUAAUUGAUCAUUUUGAACAAUGGAAGAUGUCGAUAUGGAUUCAAUUGUUGAGAAAAAAGUUAGCCAUAAGGAACAAGCAGAGAAAAAAUAUGGUCCUGAAAAAAUGGCAGAAUGGAGGUCAAAUAAAUCUCUUCGGAAUCGUCGGAGAAAAAUGAGAAUAGAACACUCCCAGGAGAUUGCGAGGCUGGAGGCGAUCGAUAUUGGGUUGCAUGGGAGGAUUCGACAUUUAGAAAAUCGUAAUCAAAAUCUACUCAACGAAGGUCAACAGAGAAAGCAAACUGGAAAAGGAAAGUCAGCUGCAAAGAAAAAGGUUGUGGUAGCACCCAGUGGGACCAAAAGGUUGCUGGAUGGCAAUUGUGAGGCAUCGUGUUCGAAACGCUACAGAGAGCAGUCGGAAAGUGAACUGGCAACGAAAUCCUUGGCAGAGUACGAGAAAGCCAAAGCGAAUCUUGAAACUCUGUUUAAAACGUGGGAGACGAAAUUGUCAAAGUGUAUUACAUCAUCAGAGCUACCAGGUCUCUCAAAGGACGCUGUUGCCAUAAAGGAAGCUUUGAGGACUGUUACGAGAAAGUCAGCAGAUAGGCUCACACAUGCUAAAGGGCAAAUGCCGAAGGUAGAAGAAGAUGCUUUGAGGCAGAUAGUCGCUGGUUAUCAACAGAGGUAUGCCAUGGUUAAAGACGACUUGGAAUUUGAAUUCCUUUGUUCAGGAUCGUACGAUUAAAUCAUUCUGUGUCCAAAAAAUUUAAAAUUUUUAUACGUAAAAUAAAAUA